AUGGGUUUAUCUUCAACUUCAAACGAAUCGAUUCAACUAUGCAUCUUCGAUUUGCGAAGAGGCCAAAACGAAGGUCAAGAACUCGACAAGAUCUUGUUCUUCUUCCCUUCCGGUUUACCUUUCUCCAAACAACUCUCCGUUAUCGGUCUCAGUGAAGGACUCAUCACUUUCACUAGAAUUUUCUCUCCUGAAGCUGCUUGUGACUCCAUUGAAGCUGAAAGGCAUUCUCAUGUCUUUCAUGAACCUGAACCGGAUAUUUGGAUGGUUAUGGUGGUGGCGAAAAGCAAUGAUUCAGAGCCUAUAUGGAGAGAUGAUGCAUUGAGAAAGGUUCUUAAGGAAAUUCACUCCCUUUUUGUAAUGUUUCAUGGAUCUGUAAGAGCUAUGCUGGAGAAAGAACCUGGUGGAGGACUUGUCAGACGGCAUUUGUAUUCUUUUAUCAUGGAUUAUUUACGCGCGUGUAUAAAGCGGUCUCCGUGGGAGGAUUGCUGCUGUGAUUUUCUUGUUGGCAAAAAGUUUCUCCUACCUUCAUUCCGUGAUUGCUUAAAGGAACGCGGAACUGUGCAGAUGCUGACAAUAACUCGCGAAGCUGCAAUUGAAGUUCAGUCGCUUGUCAGGGCUUUCGAAUCUUCUGCUAUAAACACUCCCUGCUACUCUUUGAUUUUAUUUCAAGACCUCUUGGUGUCUACAACACUAUCUCCUGAUGACACCAUAAACUUAUUCACAUAUGCUGUGCUAAGGUUGACUCCACGUGCUUUAUCUUCUGGAGCAAGUUCAUGGUCCUACUUACGGAAAGGAAAUGUUACAUCUAAUGUUGUCACCGAGACUAAUGUGACCCAUCCAAGCUCUAUGUCUGAAAGUUUUUAUGGAUCAUCUGAUACAUCACAUGGGGAGGAUAACAACUAUCAUGUUGUAAGACCCUUGCAGAGUGACAAAUGGUCUAAGGGAAAAGAUGGUUAUCUUGUCACUGAUUUAUGGGGUGCAGAGGUUGGUACUUGGGUGUUUGCUACUCCAACCGUUUUACUUCAGCAGACCGGAGAGAGAAUGUAUCUUUGUGCUUAUCAGCACAGAAGCCUUACUUUGAUGCUUCUUAUUCCCAUAUCCUCUAUACCUAAUGGGGAGCAAGGUGUGUCGGCAGUGAAGCAACAAGUUCUUGAAAAUGCAUCACUUAAGAUAUUGAAAAUUGAAGAGAAACUAUCCAAAGGAUGGGGUGGUGAGAACGCAUAUCAUGUCGGUGGGUACCGCUAUUUAUUAGUGGAUGGUGAUAGAAAUGUAUCCAGAGCUUCUCCAACAACAAAAGUUACAACUUUAACUAAGGAGUCCUUACUUGCUAUGAAUAAGCUUAGGCAGGAGGUUGAGUUGGAGAAGAGUCGAGCAAAACUAGAUGACAAUAAUUGUGAGAAAGAUCUAGAGGUUUGCAUAAGAGCAAAAAAUAAUGCCUGGGUUAUUUCUCGAGUUACAAGAGGGAAGGAGCUUUACAUGGUUCUAGAGAAAGCCAAUGAAACCCUUCUAUAUGCGUCAGAUGCUGUUGAGAAGUUUAGUAACAGGUAUUGUGAUGGAACUUUUUCACUGGAUUAA